AUGUACCCAGGUGAGAACGGCCAGUUUGCUGCCGAUGGCCAUCAUCCGGAUACUCCCCAGGCAGCCCGAGAGCAGGCAUAUGCAUCCAGGCGGUUCUACACCCCAGAUGAUGAUGACGAGGGCGAGGGCGAGGAGCCUCCACUCCUGAGCAGUUCCGGACGUGGCAGCCGCUCUCAGGGCGUUCACGAGCGCGGUUCCGGACUCGACCCCUCGAGUUUGAGGCCCGCGCCGGCAGGGUCUCUCCCUCCAAACGUGGACACCUCCAGUUCCAUGCACGACAAACCAAACACAUCUUCCAUGGCGGCGUCUGCGGAGCGCCUCCGGGAGGACCCCUUCUUGACGGGCCGGAAGCUGGAGGCCUUCCCGGAAGCGGGUCCACCUAUGUCUGCAGUGGAGCCGCAACGCUAUGACGAUCCACCAGCUUCGUCAAAGGGCGACCCACGGCCGCCGGAGGGCUCACUUCCCAAUAAGUGGGAGUGGCCCCCUUGGUGCCUCAACUUCAAGUCUCCGAACAUCGAGGUCUGGGUUUUCGAUGAUGACUGCAACGUCGGCAGGUGGGUAUCCGCUCAGCCGCAAAGCCGUGUUGUUGACAAGACCGGCCGCGAUGCAUACCUUUGUGCCGAGUAUCUGUGGGAUGGCGAAUACUACGUCCAGGACUUCGGACCCCAACAUGUCCGCAAAAAGGGCGAGCCAAGAACCGUUUGGCAGGCGCUCACGCAGUCCGAACCCUACGGGAGCGCAGAGCUGGAGGCCACGAAGGUCUUCAAGAAAAAAGAUGAGGACGACAGCCUAAUGGACACCAAGGUCUUCAAGGGGAAGAAGGGAAAUCCUGGGCGCGAUAUGGGAGGACGAUUCUCCUGGCCUUUGACCAAAGCAAAGGCAACGCUCGAGGCCACAACGAGCCUCAGGAAUUUGCCCACUUCGCCGAUCUCCAUGCGCAGACGUUCUUCCGACGUGGCGACGAAGUCCUGCCCGGUUGCUCCAGUUACAGCCAGGGAGUCCACCACCCACCUCCGCCGGAACAGCGCUUCGGCGGCGUUGGAGACGCCGCGGCCGACACCGUGCGCGUUUGCUACAGAGAGUUACAAAGAUGCGCAGGCGGCUGGUUUGAGCCACUUGCGUAACACAGCACGAUGCCGGAGCAAGAUGGUGGUUCCGGAGCCACUCGGAGAAGUUCCACCCUGGGCAGCCGAUGUGGCUCCGCAGUCGAGGAGAUGGAGCUGCGACAGCUCCAAGAGAGCCAAUCAGAGUCAGGUGCUGGCCUCCCCCACGUCCUCCGUGGCAUCAACGCGAACACCGAGCCCUGGGAUGCCGCAGGCUGUUGGGCCUGUGGCGAUGUGGGCCGAACGUGUUCGACGAGCAGAGCAAGCGAUGCUCCAGAAAGACUUAACCAUUGAAUGCCUGCAGGAGCGUGUCCGGCAGCUGGAGCAGAGCACCCAGAGAUGUAGCCAGAGCAGCAGCACAAGCAGCUCUCUCACAUCCAUCCGAGGACAGAUGCCAUAUCAGGGAGACGAUGAAGCUUCAGAUGCAGGAAGCUUGAAUGCCGAGAUGGACGCAGCCGUCGCCAAGAGCGAAGCACUGCUCCGGAGGAUGUCGGCACUCGACUACUCGGCAGAACCAGAGUUGCAGUGGGCGGCGAUGAUGGCAGCAAAUGAGGAGAGCAAGGAGAAGCUGUCGCAGAUUGAGCAGCUGGUUCAGCGCCGGAUUGCCCUCAACUCGGGUACAGACGCACCGCUCAUGCACCAUGACCCUCAAGAGAAACCACCACAAAGAACUUGCUGCUAA